AUGCUAUACCACGAUUUUGAGAAACAACAAAAAUUGUUUUCUGCGUGUGUUCAACAAAAUGUGAUUCUAUUUAUCACUUGGGAUUCUGGGAUGGAAUUAAAUCAUUUGGUGCGCGACCAUUCGUGCCCACGGACGCAACUCCACCAACGACUGCUGGAAUAUAAAUCCAAAAUUUCCUCUCUUAACACUCCACGCUCUUCCGCGCCGUACCAUUUUCUUAACACUUCAUUGACGGAUAGAACGCGAUGGAUUUUAUUCCAAGUUGGAAUAUUCGACGAUGAAAUUUUAAAGCAUGAUAUCUCUACUGUCACUACUGCAUUUAAUAGCCCUAAUCAAUAUAUAUUUAUAAACAUCUCUGUAAAGUCAGAUUUCGCAGAAAUCGUGGUAAAUACGAUCAUCACCAAAAAAGUUCAGCCCAAUAGAAAUUAUGUAGUGGGAGAAUUUGUUUCUCACACCUUUUUGGGUCAUGUUUAUCGAGUUAUUAAUCAUGGUCUCGAAUAUAAUAGCAAACUGCCCUGUGAAAUUACCGAGUUCGAAACGACUAACCAACUACGCAUAUCUGGCCUAGCAUCGGCUCGUCCCAUACCACGCAUAUUAUACCCCAAUUGCGACUCAUAUGAACAUAAACUAGGCAUAGAG